AGUUGCUAGUUACGCGUGUGCCUCUGCGGGGAGAGGUGGUCCGCUUAGCCGUGUGGAAACAGUGUAUGUGUCUAACAAUUUGGCGUGAUAUUAAAAAAUUGUGCCCUGGUCAAUGGAUAAAUGCGCGCAGUUCCACGGGAAUCUUUAAAGGAGGCGGGAGUGCCAUCAAUGGCCUGACACGAUGUUCAGAACGGCGUCAGUCGAGGGCUCCGGGCCGAGGACGCCGCCCGCCUACGCACCUCACCCCCCGCACCCCCCGUACGUUCCACCCCGCUUCUUUCCCCCGCGGAUACGACCACCACCCCCCCAGUACUGCUUCGAUGCUGCACGCUUCGCCUGCGACGCCUCGAAACCAAGAUAUCUUGACGUCGAACGGGAGAGACUUGUAACGCGAUGGCUGGCGGAAGCCAACGAGGCUCUAGUACGGAGGGACCGUCCUCCAAGGUACAAGCCUCGGAGCAGCGAGAGAAGACCUGACUAUCUCGACAGGAGAGGGCCGGAGUGGUCUGACAACUUUCUGUUAGGGAGGAGGAAUGGGUCAGUAGAACCGGAAGACGAUGGCAGUGAAGUGAUGAGCCUCAAGGAGUUUGUGGAUAAGUUCUCGUUGCCGCGUGUUGUGAAGUUCGAAGGGGAGGAUAGGCCAGUGCUGCUGUAUAGGGUGUUGGAGGCGCAUCGGAGAGUGGAGGCGGUGCCGCUGUCGGGGAAGAAGGGGAAGCUUGUCGGCAAGCCGCUUUACAUACCGGACUCAUAUGAUGGGUGGUUUUCGGCAUGCGGAUGCCGCGGCGGUGCGCUGGCUUCGCCGCGCGGGUCCAUCUCGGCUCUGUUGCGCGCACGCGCAUUCGCUCUCGUCUCCCCGCGGGCCAUCUCCGCGUACAGGGCGCGACCUGCUUCUGAAAGCGGCAGAGUGGGCGCGCAGUACGAGCGGUCGGCGGCGCGGCCGGGCACGCCGCUCCGACUUGCAGGCGUGUUCGCGGACGGCAGCAAGGCGAAGGCACCCAAAUACGCACAGCUUAUCGACCCACAGGGGAAUGAGCUGUUCGUCCCCCUAAAUACAAAGGGGGAGCUGUACGAGGUGUGUCCGGAGGAGCUGUCACCGGCGGAAUGGGAGGCAGGGGAGCCGCCUGCUGUGCCGCCCCCAGACGCCGGGGCCCGCGCUCACCGGCUUCCGCACCUCUUGAGCCUCUGGCGGCUGCCGACGAGGGUUCGGCUGCUCGCCGGCACGGUGCCUAUCGAAAUGGCGCAUGAUGUUGGAGAUGACCUUCUGCUGCGGGCAGCGGUAACGGAACCAGUAUUAGUGAUGUGCAGCCUCCCGGAGUACGGCUCGAUGCCGUCAAGCCCGAGCAAGCAAGUCGACCCUCGCUACCACGCCAAGGAGGCGCUGCAGCUCCUGCCCCUCAACGGGAAUAUCAGGGUCCGUCGCACCCAGCUCGGCUUCGAGAGCGAGAAGCGCAUGUUCCUCUCCGCCCGCCUCCAGAAAGCUCUAACCUUCUGUCAACUCAACGUUGACAACUGGAUCAGGCAGAUCUCCUACGCAAGCUCCGCCGUCGUCGGCAAAGCGAAAACCGCCGAGGACAUCAUCAAGGAGGACCACGAACCGGUCAAGUUUGAGAAGGAACGGAAAUUUACGCUGCAAGGCUUGAAGAUCGACACGUCUAGACUGUUUGGGAAAAGUGAGAAAGUGUUGAAAGAUAUCCCAGAUGAAACUGAAGGAUCUAUCAUAUUUUUAAGUAAGAACGAGUUGGAGCAUAUGAAUUAUGACGUGUAUAGUGAUGAUGAUAAGGAUGAGAAAUCUGAUGACAAAGUAGAGCAAGAACCGUUCUCUAAUGAAAAAAUGCACGUGUUCAGAGAAGACUCUGGGCAGAAGAAGAGUAAAUGGUUUAAGAAUUUGAAACUAUUGAAAAGUACGGAGAAGUUAACGGAUGAGAAAAUAACAGCGAUUGAAAGCAAUGAAAAAGGUACUGAUAUUAAAGACCCGUUUGAUCCGUCAGCCGAGAAGCAUAGUUCGAUUGAACGAUACCAGGAUAUGGCGAAGUUGAUUGAAGAUAGAUUCGGCGCGUCACGAAAAAGUGAUGGCACGGCUGAAAAGAGUCAUUCUUACAAAAGCCUUACCACAUCUUCAUCUGAUAUGGGAACUAGUCAAUGUAGUUCGAACCACAAGAAACCAGUGUUAACAAAAUCCGUAUCAGUUCAGACUGGAAUGCCCGACAACUCAGAAGAUGAUAGCGGCAUAAAUAUGAAACAUGGUAGGAAAAAUCUUAGUGUCGAUCACAUUAACUACUGCGGAUCUAUGGAAAGCGACUCGAGUUCAGGCCGAAAAUUAAAAUCUUUAGACGAGAAUAUGCUUAAGAAAUCGGCAGGCGUAAAAUCUUCAUCGAAUCUUGAAAGGCGACAGAGAAUACAGCCAGAUUUAAUUCCAGAAAAGGCUAUAGUAAAAUCUGAAUCGUAUAACCAGUUACAAAGUUGUGAGGAAAUCAAUAUGUUUGGUGUGGGAUCUUUAUACAAUGAUAGUGACUUUGAAAUUAACUACAAACAACACUCUUUUAUAACGGAGAAGCUUUGCUCAGAAUUUCACGUGAAGACUAAAAGGGUUCUUAGCAAAUCUACUUCUAAUCUUCUUCAUCCGAAGAAAUCCGCGGAAAAGAAGGAGCAGAACAACAGUAACAGCAUGCCAACGAAAACUGAGCGAUCGAAUGAUGGCGAGAAAAUCAACUUUAGAAAGAAAAUCGAUAAGCCUAGAGCUCCUACUCCCAAAUCCGAAGAUGAAGAAUUAACGGUUGAUAUUUCGGAAGAAGAACCUCAAACCAGGGUGAAAAUUCGAAGAUCUAUAUCAUCAAUACAAAAGCGUAAGUUACCUGUCAUUGAAGAUCUCCCGUACGGCCAAGUAGCUGACGCAGUGCAUCUAGAAGAGGAAACAGUAGAAUCUGACACCGUGUCCGACAAUAUAUAUGCAGAAAUCUACUCUAACGGCAAUAAAGUCAGUGAUGAUGAUUACGAUAACAAUAUUGAUGUAUUAGCCAAUGAUCCCGUCAUCUGCAAUGUUAAAAAGGAAGUCAUAAUUCGGAACGAUGAACGUGCGAGGCAAAUGAUCGAGAAUCAAGAAAACCCGUUCAGACAUAUAGAAGUUGUUGUUAUAGAGAAAACAACAGAUUUCGAUCUGGACAAUUCCAGUAUUAGCUCCAGUGAUAUUGAGGAAGAAAGGAAUGACGUAUCUAUAAUAGACUCUUGGGAAAGGGACAAAAACUCUGAUCAGAAAAUUCAUGCCAUCAGACUUGAGAUAACUGGUAAUGAAUACCCCAACGAAGAGAAUCAAAGUAUAGAUACGAAUGUGUUAAGUAAAGAUAAUUUGAGUUUUAGUAACAGUAUACAAUUGAAUGGUACAUAUCCCAACGAGGCCAUUUAUGACACUUUAAAGUAAGUUAGUUUUAUAAAUUGGAUAGACACGAGCUGAAAUAAUCUUUGACGGUCAGUAAGUGCUUACUUACCAAUAAUAAACAUGGCUGGUCCAGUAAUAUUAAGAGUACGUAGUGAAGUAGAAAAUUGAGUCUUUAUCAAUCGGAAACAUUAUAAAGAAGGUUAUGAAUUGAAAGAUUGAAAAUCUAGAUAGACAACGAGAACGGAUACGUUAGAUUACCAACAUUGCCAUAAAAUGUUAAAGUCCUUAUAGACAUUAAUGGGAAGUGAUAGACCAAGCAAAUAAUUAAGAUAAUUUCAGCUCGUCUAAUUAACACGAAUUAGUAUAACACGGUCACGUAGCAAAUAGCGUUUGUAGUCAUAUUUUUGAGGUACCAAUAAAAAUAUAGCCUACAGAAUCUGCUUGAGGUAUUUGUAUUUUAUAUCGAAUUUUUCUUCGUUUAAAAACGAUUUAUUUUAGCUUUAGUUAUGUAAAUAACUUCUCAGUAACCAGGGAAUGACUGAUAAGUAUGAGUAUUGACCUACAGAUAAACAUUUGUGUAUUAGUGCUAUAGGAAUCUAGUGAUAUUAUAACUCAAAUAUUACAAACGUCAAAAAAAAAUAUUGCGUUUCAUAAAAAUUAUUGCGUUUCACAAAACAAUCCGCUUGUAGCGACGAUAUACAUUUUUUUUUUUUUUCAAAUAAUGCCUUGGGUUUUGAUAGGAAUGUUUUUUAUAUAUAGAUUGGUAUAUCACGCAAUAUGGAACCUUUUUCUGUAGGUGAUAAGGAACUGAGCUGUUAAAUAUCAUGACAAAUCGAAUCAAAUCAGUCAUAGGGAAUAAUAAAUUCUAGUUUUAAUUAUAAUACAACCACCUUCUAUUUUACUUAUAAUAUUUUAUGUGAAGAGCUGAUACAAAAAGCGGACAAGUCAGAAUACUGAUUAAAAAAAUCAUGGUAAAGGCAAACAUAAAAAAAUAUUAAUAUAUUAUGUAAUUUCGAUUACCUGAUACAAUAGUUGAGGAAAGAGUAAUAAUCGUUUACAAAAAAAAAAAAAAAAAACUAAUAGACAAGACUUCUCCGCUUUUUAAAUUGGUCACAGGAAAAAUAAAACAUAGGUACAUUUCCUCACAUAUUAUUUCAAAAUAGAAAUAAGGACAUAUUCUUAUCAGUAUUUUAUCUCAAUUUAUUGUACCUAUUGUGUGCACAAAGUGUACUGCUAUGUAUAAACUUAAAAAUUAAUUCAGCACCUCAAACAUCCAGUCAUUGGUAUAGUUUCGUGGUUUUGUUAAUAGAUGGCAGUGUAAUAAUAAAAGUAAAAUGCUUUAUUGUUUUAAAGCAUAACAAAUUGAUUUUUCAGUUUCAAUAUUACGAGCUUAUUAUUUCUUAACAUUAUGACUUGGUUAGGUAUUUAUUGGACUACGAACUACUAUUACUUUACACGAGGUGCAGUUCAAAGUACAUUCAACAAUUUUGUGCCAGAAACUUAAAUCAAUAAACCUCACCAUGUUUCAAAUAUUUUAUAUUAUAAGACUAAUUUCUGCUGCCUAAAGACAAUAUAAUAUAAAUUAAACCAUACAUAAAACUUAAGAAAUAGGUAUUGAACAGACUUCUUCAAUCAUAGCCGUACAUAAUUGUGUAGAAAAAUUAAAUGAUUAAAUACUUAUAAAAUUACACUGCCUUCGUAUACGCCAUGCCAGAUCCAAUGUAUGGACGAUUAGAACGAACAAUUGGUGCUAAAGUAGGUGCUCAUAAACGUACUUAGUGUAAGAGUGCAACACAUAUCACAUGACACUAUGUAUAUUUGUACCAUAUAGAUAUAAUGUAUAAACGAAAUUCGAUUCUAAGUCUGAAGUAUCGAAAAAUGUGUAAUAAUUGAUCGAAAUAUACGAAAUUAUUAAA